CUACGAUGACGGACCGUCCCCUGACACACCCCGGCUUUUGGAUUAUCUUGCCUCCCAGAAUUUGCACUCGACGUUCUUUGUUUAUGUUUCGACUCCUGUUGUUAUGACAUUAGCUCACAUUUGGAUAGCAUGGUCGCAUCCCGCUCUUACUACUCUUACUAACGAGCAAAUCGUUGCCGAGCUCGGGUGGACCGCCAAGAUCAUCAAGGACGUCACUGGUGUAACUCCCAAUACUUUCCGACCACCUUAUGGUGAUAUCGACGACCGUGUUCGUGCCAUUGGCCAAGCUAUGGGCUUCACCGCCGUCAUCUGGACCGGAUACAACAACGACAACUUUGACACGAACGACUGGCACAUUGGAGCCGGAACCGUCAGCGCAUCCGGUGUCAUUGCCGGG